AUGAUGGGAUUCGAUCUCGACUCGCAUCAAUCAAUGAUUCCAGGGUGAGUGAUUUUUUCAUUAUGGGUAACUGUACAAAAUCUAGUCAUGCACAAAAUAAAUGAAAGAUCCUGAUAUUUCUCAACAAAAAUUAUUAUUCUUGACCAAAUUAUGAUCAAAAUAUACAAAUUUCAAAUCCCCAGGGUUCUUCGCUAAUUAUUUACAAUGCACAAAAACCUUCGAGUUCAAAAUGUGAUCGAUUCUAAAAAAAUCCAAUUAAAAUUGACAUUUCUUAAAACUUGUGACUCACCAACCAAAGAAAAAAAAUAAUACUUUACAACAAUGUUUUUUUUUCAAUUUUAUAUCAUUUUGAUUUUUUUGCAGAAUGGAAGAAGACUGUUGUAGCAAUCGACAAUCACACUUUUUCACUGGUAUGCGACUUUCCGACACUGAUCAUUACGGGUUGUUGGGUGCUGAUUUUUACAAUCAACACCCAACCUUUAACAAUAAUACCACCACAACACAACCAGUUGCGCCAAUCAUACCGAACACAAACAACACAUUGAUGCCAUCGCAUCAACCAAGAGUGUCAUAUUCGGACGAGGAAAUGUAUCAAGCGCUCAACAUUUCGCCAAUCAUCACCACUUCGUUUCAACCAACGCAAGGUUAGUUAGCUAGUUGUAUACUGUAGGAGGGAGAAGAAGAACCUCCCAAAACAUGCCCGCUAUCUUCCAAACAAAAAAAAGGCCAGGUGCGCGAAGUGUAUACUUUUUGUUGCCUAAUCAUCGUUUUUGGGAAGUUAGUGACCUAUGAAUCACUGUAUUCUAUAUACUCGUUGAGAAAAAUGUAAUGGUGUGAAGGGGUGACGUAUUACUAGAAGCAGUCACUUUUACACCAUUUAUGAAGGGAAAGAUUCGUUGAGAAGUUCCAAAAUUUAAAGCUUGUUCGGAAAAAUGCUACAGAAAAGGAUUUCAGGAAAUUUACAAGUUUUUCGAUUUACUUACGAAUGACCGUUAGUAAAUCUUAUAAAACGUUUAGAUGAUAAUUAUAAAAAUUUUAUUUUCCAAAUUCAGUUUUUUAUCUACUUGAAUUUUUCACCUUUCCCCCGAAUUUCAGAUCACCUUUCCUUUUACAACCCUAAAAUAUUCCAGAUUUCUUGCCGACAUUUUCACCGCAUCAUCAACCUCUCCCACAACCGCAGCAAUUACAACAGCAUCACACAGUUCUCGAUGAUUCGGAUUAUUGUUAUCCCUCAACUUCAUCGCUUGAAGAAGCGAUGACACCUUUCGACACACAACAAUACCUUCCACCGGAUGUUAUUUCAUUGGGACCAAGUCCAACUCGAGAUUUGGCAUCGCCAACAUUCUCAAUUCACUCGUUUGCACCGACAACGUCGACAGCUUACGCGGAUGAAGAUUUAGAGGUAAGCUAUCUUUGGAUUACUGUAGAGAGGGCCUUUUACUAAUGCAUUUUUAAUGUAUACAUAAAUCUCACAUUGAACCUUUAUGUGCACUUUAGCUGUGAGCCCGAAGAAAAAUGAGAUUUCAUAUGAAGCUCUAAUGAUGUCAUAUUAGUUUUUGCUAGUUAUUUAUACAUUUCCGUUGAUGUUUUUGUUGUUAUUUUUUUCUGUUAGCAAAAAAAACACACAUAGAGAAGAAGAAAAACGAAGAAACCAAAACCAUAAACGAAAUAUUGUGCAAAAUUGAGAGACGUUCGGCAGUUGUUCUUUUUUUGCUGUGUGUGUGUGCCUCAGGCCUCCCCCUAUGUAUGUACCAUGUUGUGUUCAACCCGCUGUUGUUUUUUGUUGUUCUCGGGGAAAAUAUGGCAAGAGUUGCUACCAUUUUUAGCAAGCUUGCUACCAUUUUUAGCCAGCUUGCGACAUUUUAUGUAGCAAGCCUGAAGCAAGCUUGCUACAUACGUGUAGCAAGGCCUUGCUACUUUGUCGCAAGUCUUGCGAACGCAUACGCGAGGUCAUUAAAAAUCGCUGGACCUCCUAAUAAAAAAUGUAGAGAACAGUAUACCAAGAGACUAUUUAUUGAACAUUUAAUAUAUAAGACAAAACGAUUACAAAGUUAUACUUUAAAAAUUCGAUAAAAAUGUAUGUUUUCUUGUUGUCGGUGUUCUACAAUUGUAGCGUCCUUGAGAUGUUGCUUUGAUGUCGAAUAUGAACUCUGAAAUAAUAUAUACAAUUAUAAUAUUAUGGAUUGCUUCAAUGUUUCAUAGGUUAUGGAUUGAAUAUUGUUAAGGCACAGGCUUUCAGACUGCGCCUAUUUGGGCUUGGGAUAGUUUUUCGAAAUUAUAUAUAUUGUUCAUAGAUUCUUCUAAUUUGAGCAUGCUCUUUUUCAUAAAAUACAGUUUUUUUUUGCGUCGCAGCCAGGCUUGUGUGGAAAAUAGGUUUUCGGAAAAUUUCGGAAAACUGUGCUUUUCCGAAUCCAUCAGGUCGGAAAAAUUUUCCGAAGUCAUUUUUCCGAAUUUUAUUUUCGGAAAAAAUCAUUUUCCGAAAUUAUCUGUCGGAAAAAUUUUCCGAAAUUUUCAUCCGGAAAAUUUUCCGACUCGUAUUUUUUCCGAAAUUUUCCCAAAAAGUCGGAAAAUCGGAAAACGCAUUUCCAUUUUCCGCACAAGCCUGGUCCCAGCCCCUUUAAAACCUACUCACAUCAUGUGAGUCACAUGUUUUUUUAAUAUGUGAGUACGUUAUUAAAAUAUGAAAAAUAUUGUAGUCUAUCUCCUCUUUGAAAACAUGAAAUUAUUACAAUUUAACUGACCUCAAAUCAUUGCUCAAAAAAUACUAUUUUUAUCGAUUUGUGUAGCCAUGAUCAAUCGAAACGCACUCCAACUUGAUGAUUCGGUUCUGAUCCUACAAAUGAAACUUUUUAGAACAUUUUCGCAAAAGGAAUUCGAUUGAUUAAAAAUAAACUCACUCAGUAUCUUUCCCACACUGUUGAUCCAUUUUCCUUCUUCCAAAAUUGCCUAAUUUGUCUGUUGACUCACCAUCCAACCGAUCCUAAAAUAUUUUUAUUGAAAACAUAAUAACCAUACGGAAAACAGCGAUUCAGAACGUUAUAAACGUUUCCCACUAGGCUCAUAAUGUUAAUCUCUCAAAAAAAAUGCGUUGAAAAUAAACUAUUCACUUCGAAAUCGUGUAAAAUAGGGAAAACAAAACAAAAAAAACAAAAUUAUUUUUCUGGCUACAGUAAAUGUGCCAAGCGAGGCUGAAAACUGACGCAAUUUUCUCCAUAUCGCAAGGCUUGCUACAUCAAAAAAGGAUCCAAAAAUGUCGCAAGACUUGCGACAUAAGUUGGCAACUCGAAAAACAGCGUGUUUUUGUGUAGCAAGCUAGCGACAACACCAAAAUACGUAGCAAGCUUGCGACAGGCUUGCCAUAUUUUUCCCGAGUUGUUGUCCUUGGAUGUGCUCUCAUACUCAGUAAUUUUUUUGAAAGAAAAAGAAAAAAUAGAAAAAAACAACAACGAAGGGGAAAACAAAAUAUAUAUAUAUAUAUCUAUAGGGGGAAUACUGAAAAUGCACUCAUAGUUCAUAAAAACUUGUUUUUCAGUUAUUUCAAAACAACAAAAAGUUCAAAUUUUUGCAGGUCGAACUAAUCAACAAUUCGAAGCAAACCGAGCGUGAUGAUUUGGCUGACGAACUCGAUAUAUUUUUGCACAGUGGAACAUCGGAAGAAUUCCGAUCAUCAAAGGUUAGCAAUUAAUUAAUUCCCAAAAAAUCAAUAGCCCCUUCUUAUCUCCCCCUCCCAAUUCUCCUCACCUCCCAUAUAGCUAGCACAUCUGCGUCUCUAACCCACUACACACAUACGCUAGAAAAACACAGACUAUAAAGAAGUUCUUUUUUUUGCCCAUCAUUAUAUUUCAAAAAAUUUCAGGACACUACAUAUUCGGAGAGCAGUAGUGGAAAUCCGACGCCAUCUUCAAGGCCUGCUUACGCGAAAAAAUUGUCUGCGUCCCUGGCAGCGCAACAGCAACAACAAAAAGAAAAAGAACAACAGCAACAAAAAAAUAAUACGAUAAAAGUUGCGGCGACGUCACCGUUGUUUUUGCAAACGUCACUUGAUCCAACCGGAUUUACACCUUGUGAGUUUGAAGAUUAGCCAAUUUUUUGUUAUGAUUUUUUUCGCAGUGGACUAGAUUAGGAGAGUUUCUAUAGUUCUUGAAAUCUCUAGAUUUUUUUCGAAUUUGUUUUUGAUUAUUUUUUGAGUUAAAUAGAAAAUACUAAUAUGGAUUUUUUUUCCGAACUUCGGUUUUUAUCAAAAAAUUUUGUUGAUAAGUUAGUAUUGUGAAAUUUUUCAGUGCAAUGUUUCGAUUUUUGAAAUUCAGAAAAUUUUUGAAUUCGUACCUACAAAAAUGUCUAACAAAUUGUAAAUUAGUUACAAAUGCUUUCAGAAUAUUUCAAUUUUUCAUAAUAUUCCUCGAAGAUCAGUAAAUCAACGUUACAGUAAUCCCCAUUUUGAGCGAAAUCUGACUCCAAAAAAAUCCGCUCCCCGUUCCCUUUUAACUCCGCCUCUUUCCUAAAUCAAUAAUUCUUUCAGUGCUCACUCCAAAAUCUGACGCUCUUCUUCAACGCAAAUUAAGCGAAGCAAGUCAUCAACAAAUCUACAACACAACAGCCACCACAUUAAGACGUGAUUCAUAUCCGAUUUCAAAUUUACCGCCAUACGGUAAGUGCUCAAACAUUAUGUCAAUAAGUUUUUUUCUAUCAUUGUGCAUUUUUUCAGCAGUUCCUUCGACUUCCGCGUUCAAACGACCACUUGUUCCGUCGGCUAUAAGUAUUAAAGACUAUUGUGACGCAACCAGCGGGUUUGACAAAUUCAAACCACUUUUUCCAUCGGAUUACGGUAUGUUAAAAGGGAAAUUAAUUGUUUACUUUUAGAUAAUAAUAAUAAUAUAUUUUUAGAUUUGAGCUCAUCGCUUCAUUCGACGCCCGAAAGACAAAGUACAUCUAGAGAUCGAUCAUUUUCAAGAGAUAUAACAAAAGUCGAAGAAGAAAUUCCAGACAUCCUAUCAGAUAUUGAAAUCGACGACAAGAGUGAGGAAUUAGCUGUAAACGUUGUUGAAAAACUUUUUGUUGGUCCCGGAUAUUCAAACGAGGAACCGUGUAGCUCAACAACAUCUGAAGAACAAUUCCGAAGCUCUUCACAACAAUCAACACAUCCACCAUCAGCCAAGAAAAUCAAAUUCCCACGCUGCUCUUUGGAAGGAAAGAUGGAACAAUUAAAAGAGAAAUCAAUUAAAGAAGAUGAUGUUUUAGAUGAUUGGGAGACUGCAGAUGAUAAUGAUAUCACAGAAAGAGUAAGUUUACCUGAUUUGGAUGUUUCCAAAAAUAAAUUGUGAUAAUUUCAGAUGGAAAAAUUACUCAAAGAUGUCGCAAAAACAAGCAAAAAGAAAGAAAAAGUGACGGCAAUGAUGAAUGCUGCAUCAACUCCUUCAACAUCUAAUUGGGAUCCGAAUUAUCUUCCAAAUUUUUUGGAGAUCUAUGGAAUUCCAGAAUAUAAAAUGCAAGAAGAUGUUGUUAGAACAUUAGAAAAUAUUGGGUACGGUGAUUCGAAUGUGAAAUGGAUCGAAAGAAAAAUUGUGUUGGUUGCUUUUGAGAAUCCGGCAAGAGCAAAAGCAAUGCUCUCAAUGCCGAGACAUGAUUGGUUACGUGUUCGAGCGUUGAUUAAUUCGCCGAAGAAUGUGCAAGAUGCGGCAAGAGAAAACGAGAAACGAAUGUUUAUGGGAAGGUGAGCAACAUUUGAAAAUUUAUAAAGCACAAUUUUGAAUUAUAAGAGACCUGAUUAAAAAUAAUAUAUGUUUUUUUUUUCUAUAUUUCACACUCUAAAUAUACUUUUUUCCAGAAAAAAACUGACAAAUGCAUCAGUGGCUCGGAGAAUGGUCGAAAGCCAACUUGGCAUGAGAUCCAAUAUUUCUCAAGAACAACGAUUAUUGGAACGGCAACAGAUUGCUGAUGCUAGAAAGGCCAAGAAAAAUGCGGUGAAAUGGGAUUGA